AUGUCUAACUUACGAGCAGAUUUUAGGAAUGAAACUGUCAGAGAAAAACAACAAAUAUUAUCUCAAUUAAGACAAAGUAGAAGAGAGGCUUGUUUAGCUAAAAGGCGUACUUCAGUUAGUGAAGAAAGUGAAGAAGAGGUAAUUCAAGGAGGUCAACGAAAAUUUGUAUAUAUGCCACGAACUUUAGAAGAAGAAGAAAUUACGCCAACAGCAAUUCGUAAACCAAUUGAUGAAUUAAAUAAUUUUAUUAAAAGAUUAAGAGAAGCAACAGAUGAUCAGGAGUUAUUUAAUGUAUUAUCAGAGAUUCAAACCUUUGUACAGAAUGGUGCUAAUUCACAAUCAAUAUUAAUUAAAUUAAGUGGAUUAUUAAAUGAAAUCAUUUCUCAAAUACUAAACCCUGAGCCACAAAUUGCAAUACUAGCACUUGAAAUAUUAAAUUCUCUAGCAACUGCUUCUAGUCAAAAUGUUGAUGAUCUUAUUGAUGAACAAAUUAUAAAUAUAUCUGCACAGGGGCUAUGUUCAAAUGAUGUACGUGUUCAAAGAAUGAUUAUUCAUUUAUUAGCCAAUAUAGCAGGAGAUUCAGCAAAAACAAGAGACCUAUUAUUAGCAAAUGCUAUUGUUCGGGUAAUUUUACAAAUGGUUCAAUUUUAUAAACACUCAAUCCCAAUGCAAAUUGAUUUAAUGUUUUUAAUUAGUAAUUUAUGUAGAAAUGAACCAUUUGUUGAUUUUGAAUCAAUUAGACCAUUAAUACCAAUCAUUCAAUCAAAUACAAAUAGUAUAGCAAAUAGUGUUUGUGUUGAUGCGAUGUACUCAAUAUCUUUCUUAGCACAAAACCCUGAAAAUUCAGAUUUUAUAAUUCAAAAUGGAUUAUGUGAUGUUGCACUUCAAAUAAUUGAUUCAUCAAAACACGAAUGUCUACCACCAUCAUUAGAAACUAUCAGUUGUCUUAUUCAACAUGGAGAUCAGUAUGCAACAUAUAUUUUUAAUAAAGGGUUCAUUUUAAAAGUAAAACAUUUACUUAAAUCUAAUUUCACAGAUAGUACAGUUAUUCAUAUAGUUUUUGUAUUAUCAAAUCUUGCUAAUACACCAAACCAAUCAAUUAUUAAGAGUAUUAUUAAUGAUGUUCUUUUCUCUAUUGUUACCUUAUAUUUAGAAUCUACAUCUUUUAACCUUAAAACAGCAGUUUCAUGGUUAUUUGUUAAUAUUAUACUAUAUUCUGAAGAUGACAAUAUUGGUAAUUUAUUAACUAGUAGUGAUUUCUUUGAAACUUAUGUUAGUAUGUAUGAUGCUAAUGAUGAACAAUUACUUCUUUUAUUAUUGAAAACAACAUUAAAAUUAUGUAAUUUUGAUUAUCGUACAAACAGAACAUUAAAUGUAGUUGAUCAAUUAUUAGAAAAUGAUAUUGAUUCUCAAAUAUCAGCAUUAAUAUCAUUAAGUAAUAUAUCAGAAGAAGUUGUUAAGUAUGCGAAUCUUGUUCAAGGAGCAAUACGCUCAGCUGAUGCAUUUGAUGCUUAA